GCUGUUUCGGCAGUCCAGCAGUGAAACUUGGAAAGCUCUUGGCGAUGCAGUCUCCCACCGUAGUAAUUUUCAAUAUCCCCUUUUUCUUUCUUUCUUUUUCUGGGGGAAAGUAUAUACUACGUGAAUGUCUCCGAGGAUGAUUCUCAGAGGGCAAUCGCAACCCCUCAAAAUCAGCUUCUGCUUGCAGAGAGAUAUCACAUCACGUGCUAGGGCUCAGUCAUGACAUCGGUCGGAAUUCUACAGCGGAUUCGGGACAGGGAACAAUGCACACAGCUUUGAAUGACCAAGGAUGGCUUGCCUCCUUUGAAGAUAUAAACAAGGUUGCAGUGGCCGUAAACGUCCUAUCCUCUACAGACCUGCAUCUGCUCGCUUACCCUUACUCUAAACUCUUGACGGCCAUAAUGAUGGGCUGUGGACACAUCGUGGCUCAGCAGUCCACCCGAAACAUGACAUCACGAGGCUGUACACGUUGUUGCGAUUUGGAAGGUUUUUCUUUGACAGGAGAGCAAUCCAAAGUCAACUUACGCUUCAGUCUCGAUGAAUCUAGAUUAGGUCACUCGAGAGCACACCCGAGAUCUUGAGUGACUCAUUUCUUUCAUGCGUCGGGACAGUCAUACGGACGAAUACGAACGCAACCAAGUUUCCGGAGGGUCAAGGGACUAUAAAUAUGCAAUGCGCAAACAUGCGCACUGAGAAAACACCCGCUGGCACGAAAUGAUGUCUU